CAUGCGGCACAUUUUACGCGAUGAAACGUCAGCACUGUAAAUAGAAGCGCUUCGGGUAGGAUACCGGUGGUCUUCGUGCUGCGCAUCCAUCUUAUUACACGCGAUCGGAGUCAUCCGGAGUUGAUUAGAAUCUUCAGAUCGACGUCUCUCUCAUCGGAGCCUGCUUAGAUCGUCGAAGCAAUCGCGAAAAUGACCAGCUCCCCGGUGCUAAAUCCGGAAAUCCCAUACGUGGGACAAGUGGAAGGAGGCUUGAGAGCAGGUACUAUGCUGACAAUACGGGGUGAAGUACCGCCACAGGCUGUACGAUUUGCCGUCAAUUACCAACUCGGACCAACAUUAAAUCCGAGGGACGACAUAGCUAUUCACGUGUCUCCGCGUUUCCCUGAAGGCUUUGUCACCAGAAACAGCAUAGAAUCGAUGAACUGGGGCAUGGAGGAGAACUCUGGUCCAUUGUGGAUUCAGCCUGGUCAGAAAUUUGAAAUGAUGAUCUUGUGCGAUUAUCACUGCUACAAGAUUGCUAUAAAUGGCAGGCACUUCGCGGAGUUCGCUCAUCGAUUACCAUUCAUAAAAGUUACUCAUCUGGUUAUCGAUGGCGAUGUCGAGAUACACUCCAUUACUUAUGAACAAGUAUCGGUUGAUCCGCCGAAGUCCCCUGCUACAGCACCAGAUGAUGUAUCAGCUGCUAAUUUUGGACCACCCCCUCCUGGUGGAUUGUAUCCAACGAUUCAAGGCGGAUAUGGACCUCCUCCUCCAACUGGUUAUGGACCUCCUCCUCCAUCUGGUUAUGGACCUCCCCCGCCGACUGGUUAUGGUCCCCCUCCUGAUGCUUAUGGUGGUCCUGGUGGUUACAAUCCACCUAGAGGCUAUGGGUAUGGUCAGCCUGGUCCCGAUAAACCAGAAGAAGAAGGCAUCUUUGGAGAUUGUUUAGACAAAGUUGGAUUAGCGAUAGGCGGAUUAGUGGCGGCCGGAGGAGUAGCUGCAGCCAUGAAUGCGAUGAAUAAGAAGGAAGAAGGUCAUGACGAGAAAGAUCAUGAAAAAGCGGACGCUGCCAAGUCGAAGACGGAAAGUGAAAGUGGUUUCGGAAAUUUAGCUGGGUCUCUUGGAAUGGCUUUAGCUAGUAGUCUAGCAAGUAAUGCCUUGCAAGGUAAUACACAAGCACAGCAAGGUUAUCCUGCUCAGCAGCAAUCGAGCGGCGGUGGUGUAUUGGGAUCUAUUUUUGGAGCCUUGGGUGGUGGAGGAGGCUCUCAACAACCUGCCUAUUCUUCAAAUCAACCGGCCACCGGUGAUGGCCUAGGCGGAACGUUAGGAUCUAUACUUGGUGGUGUUCUCGGCGGUGGUGGAAGCCAUCAGCAACCAGCGUAUCAACCAUCGGGAGGAUACGGCGGCUAUCAACCGUCAGGUGGCUAUCCGGCAUCCGGCGGUCAGAGUUCUGGUGGAUCGGAUCUUUUAUCGGGAAUAGGAUCUGCCUUAUUUAGUUCGGCUUUGGACGGUUUAAGCAAACGUGGAAAAGAUAAAUCUCAUGAUGAACAUCAUUCCGGACCACCGCCAAGUUAUGAGCCUCCUCCACCAAAACCAGCUCCGCGUCCAGAAACUCCACCGUCUUCAGGUGGGAAGAAAUUAACAGCAGAUGAAAUUUCAAAGGGACUAGGACUGGAUGAUUAAACGCGCGUCAACAACGCGGAAAUAAGCUUUAGCCUACAAAUACACGCACCACACAGUGUAAUGAUUUUAUGCUCUCUUGUUGCUUGAAAACGUAAUUUCUAUAUAAUAUCAUGAAUCUUGUUUGUUAAAAUAUGAUGUACUCGUUCGUCCUUUGUCUCAAUAGAUUUUUAAUCGUACUGGCAUAUAUGCUGGCUAUACUCGUAUAUGAGAUAUAGAAAUGCAAGCGAAUAUUUUUCAAUAUAUUAUAUAAAUACAUUGUAUAAUUGAUAUCAAUUAGAUAUUUAAGUUCGUUCCAAAAUUGCUUUUAAAGGUUGCAUAUCUUUUAGAUAGAAAACAGAAAUCAAAUAUAUACCUUUAUGAUGCCUUCCGUGAAAUAAUCCAUAAAUGAUAAUUAUACAAACAUAGGAAUGAGAAGUUAAUGUAUU